UGAUAUCUGUGGCUUCAGGUGUCACUUAGACUAUAAAAGCCAUUAUACUCUUUUAGCUCCGAGAAACCUGCUAAAGAGCCACCAGCAAGGCUUCUUGUGGACAGAAUGAUCCUUUUUCUUUGCCUCCCUCUGCUGGCCGUGCUCCUGCAGCCUGCUUUAUGUCUUUACAACUGCCCUUCUGUGUAUAACAGGAAUCCAAAUGACUCAGAUCUGCAAGUUUUUUGUGCCACUAACAUCAUAACCGUGGAGGUGAACUUGUGCACGGCUCAGUGGGCAGGCUUUAACGCCUCAGAGCUGGCGCUCAACGGGAAACACAAUAACAUUGCCUGUUUGGGUUCUGUUGACACCAUCAUGAACCCACCAAUCAUCCGUUUCCAGUUUCCUGUUAACAGCAGUCAAGCUAACUCGUGUGUCCAGCCUCUGAAGAUUGUGGAUGAAAUCCCGGAUCCUACGGGUCUCUUCAGCGGUUUCUCAAGUAUCCAGUCAAUUAUCGUCACGGGGUACAUUGACACCCCCAAAUCUGAUCAGGGGGUGAUCAGCUACUCCACAGACCUUUAUUACAGCUUCACCUGCCGCUACCCUCUGGAGUAUCUCCUCAACAACACAGAGAUUGCUGUUUCAGGCAUUUCAGUUGCAACUACUCAAAAUAAUGGAUCCUUUAUUGAUACACUAAGAAUGAAUGUUUUUAAUGACUCUGACUAUAAAUACCCUUUGGUUGCACCUUCAAAGGGACUUCCGUUACGCACAAACAUUUAUGUGGAGAUCAAGACUGUGAACCUCACAGGAAAUUUCUAUGUCCUGCUGGAUCGCUGUUAUGCUACUCCCUCUCCUUACAACGUCUCACUUACUGAGCAGCAGAACUUCUUCACUGGAUGCAUAAUAGAAGACAUUACAACUAUAAUAAACAAUGGCGAUUCCACUGGCGCCCAUUUUUACUUUGAGGCCUUCCGCUUCGUUCAGGACGGAUAUCAGAAAAAGUCUACAAUAUACUUACACUGUCUACUGAGACUCUGUGAGCCGAGCGCAUGUAACGCACUGACUUCUGCUUGUUAUAGCAAAAGAAGGAAACGAUCUUUGACUCCUUUUGGGCAAAGUAGCAGUGAAUCAGCUGCCAUCUCAGUUGGACCUCUGUACACAGCAGGAGAAGAAUUGCCUGUCACAGCUGCACAUGGAAACAUUGUUGCAUCAGAUGUGAAUGUUGUUAGCGCCACAUGCCUACCCAUAGUGGUGGCGUUCGCGUGGCUGCUGUCUGCUUUCUUCUAAAGAAGAUGGAGCAGUUAUCUUGUACAUUUGAUUGAUUGUUAAAACUGUCUUGGCAAACUGCCUCAUCUGACCACAUUGUAACUUCAGGUAUUUUGUAAAAAUAUUUAAACAUUGUAGAAAUAACUCUUUGACAAAUGAUCAAUUAAAUCAAGCAAAUUCUGUGACCUUAUAAGGAAGCGGAAAGCCAAAGAGGAGAUACGAGGUGCAGCUAGAGUUUGGCAACCCCUGAAAAGGGGAACAACUGAAAGAGGAGACUGCCGUUUUAUGUAACUUUUCCUGUCCCUACUGCUGCAGUCAGAAAUAAAUCAGUUAUAAAUAAACAACAUAGCCUGAACUGAGGAAAAAAACUAAAUUAAAUUAGAUCAGAGUAACUUUAAUGGAUGUACACGUUCGCUGAAUAAGGCCAGUAAUUUUGUUUUUAUCGUGUUUUCAGCAUUGCCGUACAUACUGUAGAUGUUUUGCACAAUUUGCUUAAAAAACUUGGGUCAAAUUCAAA